AUGGCUGAUAAUUUUGAUAUAUACAAAGAGUUUGCUAAGGAGAUGUUCAACGAAGAUGACGAUGAAUAUGAGAAAUAUCGACUUCAUCUCUUUAACAAACUUCACGGGGAAGGAUCUUCAUCAACCCCUCGAAGAAUGAUAUACAGAGACCGUGAAGCAGGCCAUGAACAAAGGUCUCCAUUAUUUGAUGAAGUGCUAGAAGGCCGUGCCCCUGAAAUUAAUUAUACGUUGAAUGGCAACAAUUAUAAUUUGGGGUACUAUUUAGCUGAUGGAAUAUAUCCAGAAUGGGCUACAUUUGUGAAAACAAUUCCACGCCCACAAGGUGAGAAGAGAAAGUUAUUUUCCAAAUAUCAGGAAAGUCAACGAAAAGAUGUUGAACGGGCAUUUGGUGUGUUGCAGUCUCACUUUGCAAUUGUACGUGGCCCUGCACGAUUCUGGGAUAAAGGAGAUCUCGCUAGAAUUAUGAGAGCAUGUAUCAUACUUCACAAUAUGAUUGUCGAGGACGAAAGAGACACAUAUGCUACUCCAUUUGGUCCGCUACCAUGUUACGAUGACACAACAAAUGGAAUACCGGAACCAAAUUUAGGGGAGGAACCUUUUGUUCCGUAUGAAAACUAUAUUCAAAGAACUACCCAAAUUCGUGAUCGACAAAAAUUUCGCCAAUUGCAGAAUGACUUGGUGGAGCACAUCUCACAAUUCGACAAUAGCCGUUAA